AGAAGGUGGAAAGUAGGUGAUUUGGUAGGAUGGUGUCUUUCAGAGUCUGUGGAUUGAGACACACCUCUCAUGGUGUUUCAGUCUCCUGAUAGACAUAAGGUAGAUAUGUGUGGGGUGUUGUCCUUAUGUUGGUUCCAUGGUUAUGAAGAUAUAUAAGUUAAUAACAUCCCUUCUCUCCGCCACCAAACCUGCCCUUUUUCUUGGGUGAUUUUUGUACGAAUUUUACAAACAUGGCACAUCUUUUAAACAGUGGCACUGUGAUAGCUGCCAGAAAGUGAUGAACAUCUGGAGAAAUGUUAGCUCGACACCAGUGCUAGCUGUUUUGGUCACUUGUAUUCCUUUGUUUGCUCAUAGCUGUUUUAGUACCCUAAGAGUAUCCAGACUUUAUCCAGUAUGUACUGAAUGGCAGGGUCCACCUGUUCAUCUUCCAGACUGAGAACAUUCUGAGAACAUGGCUGGGAAGUUGCCAUGGCCACAUUCUGUUUUGGAGUUGUAGAGUUAGUACCAGCUUGGGACACAAGCUUGGAGGUAGACUAUUUGGGAAAGCAGUGAGCUGAAGCCAAUCCGAUGGAGCAGAGGGCUCUGAAGAAACUGGUGGAAUCCAUCAGGAAAACUGUCAAGAGCUUCAAGAAAUUCGAAGUCGAAUGUCUCAUACGACUUUUCUAUAGCUUGUUGGGAUGCCCUGUUGGAAAGAUGGACAAUAUCGGGCUGGACUGCAACACAUUUCGAGGAGUCCUGCAGAACAUAUUUGGAAUGACUAAUGAUAUGUUGAUGAAUAGAGUGUUCUUUGUAUUUGACAAAGACGGUGAUAGCUAUGUAAAUUUAGAAGAGUGGAUUAAAGGCUUGGCAGUGUUUCUCCGAGGGACUUUUGAAGAGAAAAUGAGAUUCUGUUUUGAAGUUUAUUAUUUAAACGGAGAUGCUUAUAUUUCCCAAGAAAAAAUUUUUGACAUGUUGAAGAGUAGUCUCUUCCAGCACUCUCCUGAAGAAGAGAAUGAAGAAGGAAUAAAGGAUUUGGUAGAAAUAAGCCUGAAGAAGAUGGAUUAUGACAAUGAUGGCAAGAUCUCUUUUGCAGACUUUGAAAAAGCAGUGAGAAAAGACGGACUUUUGUUGGAGGCGUUUGGACCAUGUUUACCAGAUGCAAAGUUCUGCUUUCACUUUGAAGCCCUGGUGUUCAAAAACAACCCCCCUGCCAGUCUUUGAACACAGAUUGCUCAAUACCUGAAUUAAAAUGAGACCCUGAUUGCC